AGUUCCACCUUAUUUCAUCUUCCCAUCUUGAAACGUUCCCAUAAGCAUUAGGGCAGCACUGGCGUUGUCGUCGUACGAUGGAAACCGACGCCAGUGCACUGUGCUAGUAGUACCAGGGCGUCGCGCGCUUUGCGUACAUUCGUAUUUAGGCGGUCCGGCGUGCGGGAUCAAGACCGCUUAGUGUUUGAGGUGUAAUAAAAAAAUCGAGUACUUAAAUCUUAUCGUAUAAUUUUUAAAAAGUGCUUGUUAAUGUGUUCUACGUUAAUCUGUUCGACGAGUCCUAGUGCCAGCAGGGACUUCUCAGGAUUCUCCUCGGAGCCGGUGAUACGAGACAAGAAUGAAGAUUACAUCAUGAACGAUUCUACGAAUGGGAUACCAAGUAUGGAGACAUCCGACGAAAACAGUUUAAAAGUAUCACCACCGCAGAACGUUCCCAGGCAGGAUUCCGGGGUGCCCGAAGACCUGGCUUCACCGUCUAUCGAAGCGAAGCCGGUGGCAGAGGAUGAUCCUAAUGAGACGAUCGAUAGCGACUGUAACAUAACUGUGAUCCAUGUUGCGAGCAGCACUGAGAACCAUAAAGAGAAUGAAGUCUUGAUGCCUGGCAACGAGAGGAAAGAUUUUGUAGGAGAGAGUAAAGACAGUAAGGAUGGAAGUGACAGUGGUGUGGAAGGAUGCGCGACAGAAGUUCCUAGGGUACGAAGUCGCAACAGUAUAGACUAUGCUAGCAGCUGCGGUGGCCUGGACGAAGCAUCCUGCGACUCCAGCCUAGUAAGCUGCUGCUCGGUGUACGAGGAUCCCUGUGCAACGCUUCCUGAUGAUUUAAGACUGAACACGGGCGGCGAAGGUACCAGCGAAGGUGGUAGCGAGAGUUCCUCUAUUGCUGGUAGCGUAUCUGCUAGGGCAACGCGAACGAACAGCAAAAGAGCUGUGAUAGCAUCUAACGCGAAUAAGAAGAAAGUGUGUGCCACAGAGCCACAGAAGACAUCACGUGCCAAGCCAGCUCCUGUGAAUGCCAAUCACGUAACAGCUACUCCAAGAUCGAAACCUCGUACAACAACACCGAGAGCGAUCUUGAACAAGACUCAACCGGCUACAAGGGACAGAGGAAGAUCCAGAGAGAAAUCUUUACCCCGGGAAGUCACUAGGGAAACUACGCCGACUAAUAACAAUCGUGGAUCUAUGAGUUUUCGCACUGGAGCAGUAAAUACAGUUAUUUCAAGGACCAGGAUGAGACCUGAUUCUUUGCCUUCGGCUUUGACUACUGAGAUCAAUAAGGAUUUAGCUCAACGUGGUCGGGGAUCUAGUAGCUCAAGAUCUAGAGGUGGUUCCAGUACUCGGGGUAGAACACCUGGGUCGACGCCGUUAGAGGAAACACGAAAGCCACUGUCUACACCAAGGACUAUGUACUGUACUGGACGCACAGAUGGGAAAACUCCUCGGAUUGAUAAGAUGGCGGUUAGUUUGGAUAACAAGGCUUUAGAUAUGUACGCUACGUUACCUCGCCGGAAUAGGAGCAAAUUCUCAGUUCCUAAGAGUAAUGAGAAAGGUGAGAAGAACGGCAGAAGUCGUUCGGGCAGUAGAGAUGCUAGUCUCAAUAGACUGAUUAGCAAGAAAGUGACUGCGACAAGAGAAUCAAACGUUAUACACAAAAGUCUGCCGCCUUAUCCACGUAACAAAGCCAUGGAGAAGACUAGAAUAUAUCAUGAGGUUAGCAUACAGACAGGUAUGACUGGACAGGAUGUAGAGGACGCUCUGGCUGGUGUUCUCGUUGUCGUACCAGAUCCUACGGUAGUAGAACGAUUACACGAGGGUUCUCAAACCGAAGGUUCAUGGGAAGAUAUUCAAGCUCUUCAGUGUGAGUUGAAGCGGAUUAAGGAUGAGGCGGAAACAAGGAAAAUAGACAAUGAGAAGAUAAAGGCUGAAUUAGUGGAUGUUAAACGACUUCUUGAAGAAGAGAGGGCAGAUCAUGUUUUCGCGAGGCAGGAAUUGGAUAGAAAUGCUCAGCGAAUACUUGCUAUGUUAGGCACUCCGCAGUCUGAACAUGCCGAAGGUGGUGAUAGUUUUUUGGAGCUGGAAUCCCAUUUGCAAACAUCGGGACAGGUCGUUGCUAAUCAGCAGGUUGAAAUUGCUGACCUACAGUCCCUUUGUCGGAUGUUGACCAGAGAUCUGGAGAAGAGCUUAGCUGCUCAGAAGACAUUACUACAACAGCAACAAGAGCUGGAAGCUGAAUCCAACGAGAUGCAGGAUUUUCUUCAGGAGGAGAAAUCUGCCAUGGCUGAAGCUCUUAAAGACGCUGAAGCCGAGCUAAAGAGAAAGGAUGAGAUUCUGGCACAGCGUGAAUCGGAAUUAGAAAGGCAGACCGAAGAAUGCAAGCAUCUUGUGCGGAUUAGCGAACAAAGAAGACAGGAGAACUUAUCUAUGAACAUGAAAUUAAAUGCUGUUGAACGAAGGGGCAGAGAAUUAUUAUUGACACAAGGUGCCGCCGUUUCUGGCGCUGCUGUAGCACUUUCCGGUUUGGGAACAAGACUGGAAGGAUUAGUUGAUCAGCUUAUAACUUCUUAUAACAUCUCGGAGAAGGAUCUUGAGGAUGUAAUAUAUCACAACGAAGCGUAUAGCAGAAGCAAUAGCAGUAUAGAAUCCAGUCCUGUGAGUUCAAAACACAGCCUCAAGGAAUGUACACCCAGUCCAAAACGAGGUUCUUUUGUGUCUGCUGUGAUUGGAGCUAUUAGAAAUGCUGCGACUCAUCCAUUUGCAACGAAACCUACCGAUAAGAGACCCUCAUUGGAAUCCACGAAACAAAUAUACAAAGAAUUAAGUCUGGAAUCUUCAAACGACUUACUCGACUUCGAAACCGAACCCUGCUUAAUGAUGGAAAGUGUCUUGGAGGAUGUGCCUUUACCAGACACCUAUUCACACAAUAUGGUAUCGAGUUGCGAUUCACUUCGUAGAGCAAUGAGUGUGCCAGAACCAGUUGAUGAAAAUACAAUCAGAAGAGCCAGGUAUAUAGACGAAUCUACAAGUCUUACAAGUCUUACCCAGGCCAUUUUACAUCGACGCAAAGUUGAAGACGAAGAGGACGAGGAAUGUGAAUCUGCGAGCGAGUCCGAGCCUAUUACCGAUGGUUCUGUUGCGUUAACUAAUUAUUGCCCAGCUGUCAGUCUCGUCGAUCAAGUGAUAGAUGUUGAUAAUUUAGUAACUAAGCUUUUGAAAGUGUUGCGGAUCAUUCAGCUGGACAAUGAUACUUGCAUUCAGGAAUUGAGGGAGGAUAAGGCGGAAUUGGAAGCAAAGUUGGAGACGGACUGUGCAGAGCUGGAGGAACUACGGAAAUUGUCAGGAUGUCUUGAAGACCCUCAACCAAUCCUUAAUGGAGUAUCCGAUCAGAGACACAGUGUCGUUGAAAAUUGUCGACAUUCUAUGAAGGAGGAGUCUAAAGAAAAUUUAACAUUUGACGAGCCUGCAGCUGAAGACUUGAAUGAUGCCGAAGAAACGGUGCAGGAUUAUGAGAAUACGAAUGCUACUUCAUUACUUCCCUCCUGAGCGAGUUCCUGAUGAUAUUCGACCUGUAUAUUUUGCCCCAAGAAUGUUCAUCUCCAACGCCUUGCCGUUUAGGCCCAUCCUUAACGUGAAAAUUUAAUCUUAAAUGUCAAUUUGAUGCUCUAAUUAAACGGGAGCGCGCGUACCGUCGUAUUUGCGUAAUCUCAUGCCAAUAUUUCGAGUUUAUCAAAUACGUAUUGUCCUUGAGCGUAUUAUUUAGACUGCAUUUUACUUGUAAUGUACCAAUACUUGUACAGGUCGUCCGCUUUUGCUUUAGACCAUACCUAUAUUAUAUAAUUGACUAUUACUAUAGUGAAAAUCGCAUUAAUAUGUACGAUAAUUUGUGUAAAUACCAAUGUACUGUCCUGAUAAUAUUCAGAAAUUCAGCGAGUUGUAAUUAAUAGCUGUAAUGAGAUUAGAAAAUGAACAAGUGGCCAAUUAUGAUAAUGAGAUGCAUCAUUAGUGAGCUAUCGGCUCUCAACUAGGUCUCGUGUAUGUGUUAAAUGUAAUUGAAGAUGUAUGGCAAAAGAAUUUGAUUUCAAAUUAAUUAAUUUUGAAUAAGGAUAAGAUUUUCAAACCAUUUCCUUCAGUAUUCACAAAAAUGUCUUACAAUUUGCAAAUCAAUGUUUGGGGACUAUAUUUAUGGAGAUUCAUAAGAAUUUGAAUGGUCGUACCAGUUGAUUGAUUGUUGAGCAUUAAUUAAAUCAUUGAUCAAUUUAAUUGGGAGUCCGAUAAGCUCCUAAUGAAUAUAAAAUUCUAGUCUAUUCUAAUCGAGAUUACCUUGUUUGUUAUACGUAAAUACUUCCAACUAAAUCGACAGGGUACAUUAGCUCUACAAUGUAAUUAAUAAACACAACUGUGUAUCGGCCAUUUAUAGCUAAUGCCUAGAAUUGUCGACCGUAGGUCGUAACAAGGUAACCAAACUUGCUAAUUAAGUUACUGUUACACUCGGCUGAUAAUAUUUUAUCAAACGGAAAAAAUGAAGCCGGGUGUAUUGAGCGCAUAAUAGACUUUUGCCCAUUAUCUUAUUUCUGAUUGACGCGUGCGACAUGUUCCAAGUAUGCACCAACGUGUAGGAGAUAGAAAUAUUUUUAAUGCAAUAAAUGACGCUUUCCAAUUAGCGUCUGCUUUUCAUUUUAUUUACGUUAAAAUAUUGUCUGAAACUAACACGAUUUUUCUUUAAGCCUGAUAUUUUGUUAGACUCGUGCCGAAAAUAACGAACGUACUGUACAGGUAGAAAUAUCAAUAGUCAUAAGCAUUUUUAUACAAAACAAUGUUGUGAUGAUAUACCAAAAAUGCUGGUAAGUAAUGUAUUUUAAUUUUUAAUCGAAUAAAUUUCAUUUCAGUAAUA